AAGACUAGCCACUUUUCUUAAUUCCUUGGGGAAUGAAACCCAUGCUCUUUAGUUCCUCAGAGAAGUGAAAGUAGCAACAUGGAAUCCAGUAAUUCCUGUUAUCUGCAGGCUUUAUAAGACAGCUGAGCUUGAGGAGGUGGCCUGAAGCCCACACGCUAGACACCGCUGUCCUGUCGUUGAAGCCAGGGGAGCGCCAGGAUGCCUCGGCUCCCAGCCUUCCUGCUGUUUCUCCUCCUUUCCAUCAGCAGUGCCCUGGCCCUGAGGCUCUGCUCCUUUAACGUGAGGUCCUUUGGGGGAGCCAAGAGGGAAAACAAGAAUGCCAUGGAUGUCAUCGUGAAGGUCAUCAAACGCUGUGAUAUCAUACUCCUGAUGGAAGUCAAGGACAGCAACAACAUGAUCUGUCCCACGCUGUUGGAGAAACUAAAUGGAAAUUCAAGAAGAGGCAUAAAAUACAACUAUGUGAUUAGCUCUCGGCUUGGAAGAAACACAUAUAAAGAACAGUAUGCCUUUCUCUACAAGGAAAAGCUGGUGUCUGUGAAGAAAUACUACCUCUACCAUGACUAUCAGGCUGGAGAUGCAGAUGUGUUUUCCAGGGAGCCCUUUGUGGUCUGGUUCCAGUCACCCUUCACCGCUGUCAAGGACUUCGUGAUUGUCCCCCUGCACACCACCCCUGAAGCCUCUGUGAAAGAGAUCGAUGAGCUGGUUGAUGUCUACUUGGACGUGAAGCGCCGUUGGAAGGCGGAGAAUUUCAUUUUCAUGGGUGACUUCAACGCCGGCUGUAGCUACGUCCCCAAGAAGGCCUGGAAGGUCAUUCGCUUGAGGACUGACCCCGGGUUUGUCUGGCUGAUAGGGGACCAAGAGGACACCACGGUCAAGAGCAGCACCAACUGUGCCUAUGACAGGAUUGUGCUUAGAGGACCAGAGAUCAUCAGGUCUGUUGUUCCCAGAUCAAACAGCACCUUUGACUUCCAGAAAGCUUUUCUGUUGACUGAAGAGGAGGCCUUGAAUGUCAGCGACCACUUUCCAGUUGAAUUUAAACUACAAUCUUCAAGAGCCUUCACCAAUAGCAAAAAAUCUAUCUCUCCAAAGAAGAAAAAGGUCCAUCGCUCCUAGAUACAAGGGUACCAUUAUAAUAACCAUUUCUUGCCUCUAAAUAAAACAGUUCUAACAGGUGGAAUGAGCUGCUGCCUGCACUCAGGAAACAAGACUGGUCCAACUACUUUCAUUUUCAACUUGAAUGUAAUCUGUCUUGAGUCAGAGCACCUGGGUGGCUCAGUCAGUUAAUUGUCUGCCUUCAGCUCAGGUCAUGAUCCCAGCGUCCUGGGAUCAAGCCCCACGCGGUCAGUCGUUGGGCUCCCUGUUCAGUGGAGAGUCUGCUUCUCCCUCUUUUGUUCACUCUCUUUCUCUCAAAUAAAUAAAUAAAUAAAAUCUUAAA